GAUCAUUACAUGCACGGGAGCGAGAAAGCAGAUUAAAAAAAGAACAACAAGAAAAACACGAAAGUAAAAGAAAACCGAUAGAGUAUGGUAAAUUGAUGAGUUUUAUGGGUUGCUUCUAAUCCCGAGCUGGAUUUGUCACUUGAUUUAUCGAUUUUCACGUUUAAAGGUGAGCGCCAAAGUGAGCUGAUAUAAAGAGAGAGCAUUGUCCGUAGCCAGUCACGUUCCGAAGGUAUCCUUGCCCGAAAGAGCCAUCGUGGUUUCACUAAUAUUCCGAUGCUCAGAAGAGGCCACAUAUCUUCAACAGGAUAAAAAUAAUUUGUGUUAUUCUUAGCCAAGAAGGAAGAAAUAAAUACGAAGUUUGAGUUUGAGUGUCACGUACCCAUGCAUGCCAAGUGUGCCACUCAGAUGUGAAACCCUCCCCUAAAAUCAAUCAAAACUUCAGUUUUCAUCUCUAAUUAAUCAAUCAAACAUCUCUCUGAAGAAUACAUCAGUUAGGUAUGGGUGGUGGUGAAGAAGCAGAUAAGGAAGAAUGUUCAACACAACUAAUAGAUGGAAAUGGAGUUUUUAAUGCAACAGGAUUUGAGAAUUUUAUGGAAACUGUUAAUAUUUCAGAGUGUGGUGUUGUUGCCAUUAUGGGUCCACAAAGCAGUGGGAAGAGUACAUUAUUGAACUAUCUAUUCCAUACCAAUUUCAAGGAGAUGGAUGCUUUUAAGGGAAGGACUAGAACGACCGAAGGAAUUUGGAUAGCCAAGUCUGUAGGUGUUGAGCCUUCCAUGAUUGUCAUGGAUAUGGAGGGCACUGGGGGAAGAGAAAGGGAACAGAAUGAUAGACAAUUUGAGAAGCAAAGUGCUCGUUUUGCUUUGGCGGUGUCAGACAUUGUACUGAUAAACAUGUGGUGUCAUGACAUCGGUAGAAAUCUGGUUGCCAACAUGCCUUAUCUAAAAACAGUUUUUAAGGUUAUCAUGUCUAGUCAGCGCAAAGUGACUUUGUUAUUUGUCGUUCGUGAUAAAACAAAGACUCCAUUUGAGCAUUUGGAACUUGUUUUAAAAGAGGAUAUUCAGAAGAUAUGGGAUGGUGUCCCCAAGUCCGAGGCGGACAAGGAUACUCCUCCUCUUAGUGAGUUUUGUAAUUUUGAAGUCGUAGCUUUAUCUAGUUGUGAGGAGAAGGAGGAGCAGUUCAAGGAGGAGGUUAAGCAGUUAAAAAACAGGAUUAUCCUGUCUAUUGCUCCAAGACGGUGGGAUCGUGUCUCUGCUUCAACAUUUUGUUGUUCUACUCUACCGAUGUUAUGGGAAAACAUUCGAGACUAUAAGGACAUCGACCCUAUUGCUCAUGAGGUAGUGGUUGCGGCUUUUAAAUGUCAAGAGAUUGCCAAUGAAAAGCUCAGACACUUUACCUCAAAUGAGGAUUGGUUGGUACUGGAUGAAGCUGUUGAAGCUGGCUUUGUGUCAGGCUUUGGAGAAAAAGUCAGCUCUAUCUUAGAUGCAUAUCUUUCCGAAUAUGAUUCAGAGGCUAUCGUCUUUGACGAAAGUGUAAGGAACCUAAAGCGAGAGAAGUUGGAAUUGAAGGCAUUGCAAUUUGUGCACCCUACUUACCAGACUUUAUUGAGACAUCUACAAGCCAAAUGUCUUGAUAAUUUUAACAAAGCACUAAAACAGUCGGUCGAAAAGGGAGAAGGAUUUGUUGCUGCAGUCAGAAGUUGUCUUGAGUCUUCUGUGCGUGAGUUUGAUGAAGGGCUUGUAGACUGGGAUGCUUCAAAAGUCAAUAAAACGCAGACUGGGAUGCUUCUAGAUGCAUGUGUAAAAAUCCCCGACUGGGAUGCUUCAAAAGUCAAGGUGAAGCUACUCCGCGAUAUUACAGAUCAAGCAGAGUCUAUUUGCUGUGCAAAGCUUUCAGAACUGAAUUCCUACUAUGAGAAUCAACUUACGGAAGCACUUAGUGAACCAGUGAAAUGUCUGCUUGAAUCUGCUGGAGAUAACACCUGGGCAUUGAUAAGAAAACUUGUUCAACGUGAGAAAGAGGCUGCUCUAUCUAAGUUUACUAAUGCUCUUAAUAUUUUGGCGUUCAGCCAAGAAAAAGUCGAUUUAUUGGUCCAAGAUCGACGGGAUUUUGCGAAUACUGUGGUGGAGGAAAGGGCAAGAGAGGAAGUUAGUAAGGUUUUGACUCGUAUGAAGAAUAGGUUCUCAGCAGUCUUCAAUUACGAUGGCAAUUCGAUACGAAUUUGGACUGGGGAGGAAGAUAUUGUAAGCAUAACGAUGGUUGCCUUGAGUGCGACCCUCAGACUUUUAUCUGUGAUGUCUGCCAUUCGCUUGGAUGAGAAGCCAGAUAGGAUUUCGAAUCAACUCCUUUCUUUUAUUCUGGAUAGACGAGUUGCUCAUUUCGACCCACUUGCUACAAGCUCUUGGGAUGAGAUUCCUGCUGAGGAUACACUUAUAACACCAGUCCAAUGUAAGUCUUUGUGGAGAAAGUUCAUGUCAGAGACGAAAUCCGUCGUUACUCCGGUUAUUUCUGCGCAGGAAGCUCAUAGGCGUCAUAGGCGUAGCAGUUUCAACUGGAUAACUCAUCUGUGGGUAAUUCCUGUGAUGGUUAUCCUUGGGUCCAAUGAAUUCAUGCUCCUUUUGAAGAGUCCUCUCUACUUUCUCCUUUUGUUUGUUGGAUAUUUAGUUGGAAAGUUCUGCAAUAGGCCGGUCUCUGUGUUAGUUUCUGUUUGGCGGCGAUUUUUCUGGAGAACAAGUGUGUCAACAUAAGGGGCCUCUAGCACCAUCCAAUUCUAUGCCGGGUUCUCAAAGUAUCAGCAGUAUUGAGCGCUCAAGUUCUAGUUCUACACUUGCAUAAAGCAAGCUGCCAAUGUUGAAACCGACCGUAGGUGACCUAGUCUAACUCCAGUGUAACAUCAAAUUUUUAACAGAACAGAUUGUUACAAGUACAAGGGAAUACAACAUUUUUUUAUUAUCUUUUCAGUUAGACUAGUAUGUAAUAUGUUCCUGGGGCAAUCAGAGGUUUUGAAAAAAAAUCGGUGUUUUUUGCCGUAAGGAAA